GAGAAUUGCUUGAGAUGUGAGACAACUGGUUCUGGAGAAGUGAAGAUGGCAGCCGUCGUAAGGUCGAGAAUAUAUUUCUCCAGUGUUGUACGUUUCUCCGACCGUGAAUCUAUCGCCUGAACACACCAGCAAGUAGAUAAAUAUGGCUGACCCCACUACUUCUGCUGGAGCUGAUGAUGAUGACAUUGCUCUAGGUGAUAUAACUGAAGACACCGAGUCUCUUCCUGUAGCCAGGCAGCAGAAUCGAGAGGCUGUACUUGCCACCUUCCGUGAGGAGUGGCAGCGUGAGUUGGUGGGAAAUCCCGCUCAGAAAGGGAUCUAUUCUUCUGUGAGGUCUCCUUCAAGAGUAGCAUCACAAGGACCCUUUCAGGGACCCCAAUGGCCCCCAGGCCCAGCAAGAGGAAGCCCCAGAGCUGUACCAAGUUCUCCCAGUCAAGGGACAGAUGCAGGGAGCAGUGGGAGUGUUAGCACUGCUACUGAAAAUGUUGGUAGUGGUGGUAGUGGUACCAAUACAGAGUGUAAUGUUGGUAGUGGUGGUGGUGGUGGUGGUAGAGUGGAAGAGGAAAUCAGACCUGAUGUAGAAUUAAAGGCAACUGAACUGUUUAACAAGGCUGUUGAACUGGAGCAGAGCGGUCAGCUGUACGAAGCCAUACAGUUCUACAGACGUGCUAUGACCCUCGUACCUGACAUAGAGUUCAGGGUACAUAGUCGCAAUGUGCUGGAAAGGACCGAGGGAUAUCGCGGUGGGACGGCAGUAGAGUGCGAAGAUACUACAACCGAGAGUGAUCUUGAUGAAGAGGAACUUCAAGACCUGGUAGCCAGGUUUCAAAUGCUCAUGACUCCUACUCAGGCAAUGUGUGUUCCACAGUUUAACCAAGAGGCUCCACAUAUAUCGUGUCUGCCUCCUGAGAUGCUGGAGCGCAUCAUGUGCUGGGUGGUUGGCAGCGAUUUAGACAUGAGGUCGUUGGAACAGGUGUCCAGGGUCUGCCAGGGCUUUUAUCUGGUGGCCAGGAACCCAGAGAUAUGGCACAAAGCCUGCCACAGGAUCUGGGGCAUCAACUGUGGCGUGUUGGGUGUGUAUGGGUCGUGGAGAGAGAUGUUUAUCCACCGACCUCACCCGCGCUACAACGGCUGUUAUAUUUCUCGCACUACUUACUUCCGUGCUGGGGAGAGCAGCUUCCAGGAUCAGAACUACCAGCCUUGGCACCUGGUCCAGUAUUACCGCUAUGUGAGAUUCUUCACAGAUGGCAUAGUCGCCAUGCUGACCACUUCAGAGGAGCCAGCCACUGUUGUGGCACAGCUGAGAAGCCGGGAGGUACGCAAUCCACAGACGCUGAUAGGGCAUUAUCGCAUCCACGGUUCCAACGUGUCGUUGAUGUUCAAGCGGCGUUCUUGCGAGAGAAUGAGCAACAGAAGGAAAGGUCGCAGACGCAUAGGAGGGACCACCGAUGUCGCAGAGACCAUCUUUCAAAUAGAGUUUGAAAUUCGGCCUGUGAAAGAGAGGCCACACUGGAUGCUGAUGUGGCGGAACUACACCAUCGUUUCCAUCUAUUAUGACGACAAGCAAAAUAUAUCGCCAAUUGAUGUCAGCGAUGCAAACAAGUUUCCGGCUUUGGCCUUUUCACGUGUCAAGAGCUAUGCAUUGUUCAGUGAGAUGCCCCUUGUGUGAGUCCCUCUGGUAUUGGUUGGAAAUAGAGUAGUUGAUGAGUGGAACAGCUUGCCUAAUAGGGUUUUUUUUUUUUUUAACACAUUGGCUGUCUCCCGCCAAAGCAGGGUGACCCCCCCCCCCUCCCAAGAAAAAAAAAACACUUUCACCAUCAUUUAUGCUAUCACUGUCUUUGCAGAGGCACGCAGAUACGAAAGUUUCGAUGUCACUCUAAACAUUAAAUAUAGCAAACCCCUCUUUUAAAGUUCAGGUGUUGUACUUCCCACCUCCAGGACUGAGUCUAGUUAUUAGUACUUCCAACCUCUAGGACUCAAGUCCAGUUAGUACUUCCAACCUCCAGGACUCAAGUCCAGUUAUUAGUACUUCCAACCUCCAGGACUGAGUCUAGUUAUUAGUACUUCCAACCUCCAGGACUCAAGUCCAGUUAUUGAAACUAAGAUGUUGGGUAGCUUCAAAUUUAGGUUAGAUAAACACUUGAGUGAGAGGGGUUGGAUUUUGGGACUUGCACAUGACUUAAUAGGGUUAUCAAAGUUUAUUGCUUCUGCAAAUAAAUUUGUUAAGUGGGUUUGGGUUUGAGAAGGACCUGCCUAGUAUGGGCCAGUGGGCCUGUUGCAGUGUUCCUCCUUUCUCAUGGUCUUAUGUAGUGUAUGUUACCCUUAACUUUCCUCUCAAAGCACUUGGUUGCACCUUCAAACUCGUCUUCUUUUAACGCACCGGCCGUAACUCACCGAGGUGGGGCGGCCCAAAAGGAAAAACAAAAGUUUCUUCUUUUACAUUUAGUAAUACAGUGGAGCCCCGCAUAACGAUAUUAUUUUAAUCCAGAAGUCUGUUUGGAUGCCGUUAUACCUGGAGUUUACCUGGAGAGAGUUCCGAGGGUCAACGCCCCCGCGGCCCGGUCUGUGACCAGGCCUCCUGGUGGAUCAGAGCCUGAUCAACCAGGCUGUUGCUGCUGGCUGCACGCAAACCAACGUACGAGCCACAGCCCGGCUGAUCAGGAACUGACUUUAGGUGCUUGUCCAGUGCCAGCUUGAAGACUGCCAGGGGUCUGUUGGUAAUCUCCCUUAUGUGUGCUGGGAGGCAGUUGAACAGUCUCAGGCCCCUGACACUUAUUGUAUGGUCCCUUAACGUGCUAGUGACACCCCUGCUUUUCAUUGGGGGGAUAUUGCAUCGUCUGCCAAGUCUUUUGCUUUCGUAGUGAGUGAUUUUCGUGUGCAAGUUCAGUACUAGUCCCUCUAGGAUUUUCCAGGUGUAUAUAAUCAUGUAUCUCUCCCGCCUGCGUUCCAGGGAAUACAGGUUUAGGAACCUCAAGCGCUCCCAGUAAUUGAGGUGUUUUAUCUCCGUUAUGCACGCCAUGAAGGUUCUCUGUACAUUUUCUAGGUCAGCAAUUUCACCUGCCUUGAAAGGUGCUGUUAGUGUGCAGCAAUAUUCCAGCCUAGAUAGAACAAGUGACCUGAAGAGUGUCAUCAUGGGCUUGGCCUCCCUAGUUUUGAAGAUUCUCAUUAUCCAUCCUGUCAUUUUUCUAGCAGAUGCGAUUGAUACAAUGUUAUGGUCCUUGAAGGUGAGAUCCUCCGACAUGAUCACUCCCAGGUCUUUGACGUUGGUGUUUCGCUCUAUUUUGUGUCCAGAAUUUGUUUUGUACUCUGAUGAAGAUUUAAUUUCCUCAUGUUUACCAUAUCUGAGUAAUUGAAAUUUCUCAUCGUUGAACUUCAUAUUGUUUUCUGCAGCCCACUGAAAGAUUCGGUUGAUGUCUGCCUGGAGCCUUGCAGUGUCUGCAAUGGAAGACACUGUCAUGCAGAUUCGGGUGUCAUCUGCAAAGGAAGACACGGUGCUGUGGCUGACAUCCUUGUCUAUGUCGGAUAUGAGGAUGAGGAACAAGAUGGGAGCGAGUACUGUGCCUUGUGGAACACAGCUUUUCACCGUAGCUGCCUCGGACUUUACUCUGUUGACGACUACUCUCUGUGUUCUGUUAGUGAGGAAAUUAUAGAUCCAUCGACCGACUUUUCCUGUUAUCCCUUUAGCACGCAUUUUGUGCGCUAUUACGCCAUGGUCACACUUGUUGAAGGCUUUUGCAAAGUCUGUAUAUAUUACAUCAGCAUUCUUUUUAUCUUCUAGUGCAUUUAGGACCUUGUCGUAGUGAUCCAAUAGUUGAGACAGACAGGAGCGACCUGUUCUAAACCCAUGUUGCCCUGGGUUGUGUAACUGAUGGGUUUCUAGAUGGGUGGUGAUCUUGCUUCUUAGGACCCUUUCAAAGAUUUUUAUGAUAUGGGAUGUUAGUGCUAUCGGUCUGUAGUUCUUUGCUGUUGCUUUACUGCCCCCUUGUGGAGUGGGGCUAUGUCUGUUGUUUUUAGUAACUGUGGGACGACCCCCGUGUCCAUGCUCCCUCUCCAUAGGAUGGAAAAGGCUCGUGAUAGGGGCUUCUUGCAGUUCUUGAUGAACACGGAGUUCCAUGAGUCU